UACAAGCAGGAGGACAUGGCGACUCUCCACAGACAGCUCGUGAGCACGCAAUACCCUCAACACCCCGCGUUUCCAUCCAGUGGCACCAUGCAGCCUGCAGAUUACAGCAUGUACGAGAGAGCGGCUUUGGUGAAGAACAGCAGGCCCGUGAUGGACAGCGCGGCUCUCCUAACACACCGCAGGAAGAGGACCAACUUCACCCAGCAGCAGAUCGAGGUGCUGGAGAAAGUCUAUUCGGACACCAAGUACCCGGACAUUUACCUGCGGGAGAGGCUGGAGGCGCUGACCGGCUUACCUGAAUCUAGGAUCCAGGUAUGGUUUCAGAACCGACGAGCCAAAUCGCGUCGUCAGGUCGGAGCUCCCGUUCUCGCGAAGACCAAAGCAAGCAUUCCCAUCAUCCCAAACAGACCACCGGCUUCUUUCCCCCUUCAACACGAGCAGCUGGGGCAGGAGCUCAAGAGCACCUUUACUCAACCAGGCCAGGAGCUGAGAGGCAUCUUCCCUCAACCGCAUCGGGGCUACGCCUCCCAGUCCGUGUCCUGCUUGUUCGGUCAGACUGGCGACGAGCGGAUCAGAGUGGAACAGGCGAAGAGAGACGAGCUCCAUCAGUACCACAGGUCGAACGGAUCCCUUUCAGCUCAGAGCAAGCCUGAACCCUCAGUCAAGCCCAUGCUAGUAGACUACGACAAUUUCCCACCUAACAGAACCAUCGGCCCUGACAUGCGAGUGGUCAUCCCUCCAGUGCCGACGCAGGUCAACUUCAUUCCGAACCGGUCGCCACCGACGCAGAUCAACUGUCCUCCGCAAAGCGCCCAAGUCAGAGUUCCACAUGACAGCCUGGGUCAUUUUUCACCCAUCGGCAGCAGCGACAACGGAGAUUUUUCUGAUUCUGACUCCGACUGGGAGAAGGAAGCCCUGGCUGGAUUUAACGCUUUUAUAUAA